AUGCGUGGAAGAGUAGAGGGAAAUCGUUUUACCAUCAAUGGACCUCAGCAGAAACGAUCAUCGAAUUUUAAAAACAAUUUGAAUAAUACUUAUUUCAAGGAAGCGUUGGUGAGAUUUUUAUGUGAACAUUGGAAUCAGGACCAUAUGAGUCCUUACUUUGGUGACCGAACUGUUCUCGUAAACUAUGAGAAAUGUUUCAAGUUCGAAGUCAUUGAUAAUAAGGUUGUCAGAACAGUAGAGGAAGAUUUGUUAUGCUCUGAACAUUUGGAAGCUGAAUCUAAAAUUAUGUUUCACGUCUGCGAGUUGAAUUUCGAUGCUCAUGUAACAAUACGAUGUUCAGACAAAGAUAUAAUUGUGAUUAUGCUCGGUAACAUGCAUAGUAUCAUACAUAAUUUACAUUUCGAUUCUCACAGGACUUGGAAAUAA